AUGUCAGACCUGGUCCCCAUCGAACUUCCUGUCAUUGACAUCUCCAACCCGCACGACCCCGCCGUGGGGAAAGCUAUGCUGGAUGCCGCGGCCAAGUACGGGUUUCUAUAUGUCAACAGCAAAGGGACCGAUUUCACGGCCGAGGACGUGAACCAUGCGUUCAGUCUCUCCGAGAAGUUUUUUGCCUCGCCAAAGGCCGAGAAAGAAACUUGUCGCAUUACUCCGAACAACCGCGGGUGGUCCGGUAUGCAUACCGAAACACUCGACCCCGAGCACCAGAGGACCGGAGACUUCAAAGAAGCCAUGAACUUCGGCGACUUCAAAGAUGGCCAAGCACAGCAACCACUACCCCCAUCACUCAAGCCUCAUGAAAGCGAAAUCAACUCAUUUGCCUCCCUCUGCAACAAGACCUGCACCCGGAUCCUCACUCUUCUAGCCCUAGGCCUCGAGAUCCCACCCGACUUCUUCACGAGCCGGCACGAUCCCUCCGUAGGCCCAACAGGCAGUAUCCUGCGGUACUUAUGGUACCCCUCGAUCUUCUCAUCGGAGACAGCCUCCUACGCGCACGACAAGGAUGUUCGCGCCGGCGCGCACUCCGACUACGGGAGCAUCACGCUACUCUUCCAGCGGCCCGGGCAGCCGGGGCUGGAAAUCCUGGCGCCGGACGGCGACGGAGAGACCUGGGCGCCUGUGCCGAUUAUCCCGGGUCCGGUCGAGGAGGCAGGGAAGUACCCGUUCCCGCCUAUUUUGGUGAACAUCGGCGAUUUGCUGAGCUACUGGACGGAUGGGCUGCUGAAGUCGACGGUGCAUAGGGUAGUGUUUCCAUUGGCAGAGCAGCGGAGUCCGAAUCCGAAGGAUCGGUAUACGCUUGUUUAUUUCUGUCAUCCGGUUGAUAGUACAGAGUUGGUGCCCGUACCCAGCGAGGCCGUGAAGGGAUAUCGCGGGUCUGGAGCGGUUGGGUUUGGAGGUGGUGCCGGUUCCUUGGAGGCUGGAAAGCGGCCGUUGACGGCUGCGGAGCAUCUCGAGUCACGACUGGCUGCUACGUAUGGAUUUACGAAGAAGUGA